AUGGGAGGAGAGAAUGAGUCCACUGUAACUGAGUUCAUCCUUAUAGGAGUCCCCAGGGAGCCUCUUGUGAAGAUUACCUUCUUUGCUGUAUUUCUUGUCUUGUACCUGUUGACCUUGAUUGGAAAUGGCCUCCUAAUUUUGCUUACUAGAGUGGACCCUCAGCUCCACACACCCAUGUACUUUUUCCUCAGUGACUUGUCUUUUUUAGAUAUCUGCUACACCACUAGCAUUGUACCCCAGAUGCUAGCUCACUGCCUUUCCAAGACACCCUCCAUCUCCCUGAACAGAUGCUUCAUCCAAAUGUAUAUUUCUCUCUUCCUGGGCACAACUGAGUGCCUCCUAUUAGCAGCAAUGGCUUAUGAUCGCUGGGUCGCUGUCUGCAACCCACUGCGCUACACCCUCAUCAUGAACAGCAGGGUCUGCAUUUCUUUGAUGGCCAUGGUGUGGAAUGGCGCUUUCUUUCUUUGCAUAUUCCACCCCCUCACCAUGCGGGCUCAUUUUUGUGGGCCCAACCUCAUUAACCAUUUUGCCUGUGAGCUCCUGACUGUACUGAAGCUGGCCUGCUCAAACAGUCAUGAAAACCAAACCCUGCUGUUCUCCAUUAGCAUCUUCACCCUGCUUGUGCCUUUAACCUUCAUCCUCAUCACUUACACUCGCAUCAUUGCUGCUGUGUUGAGGAUCCGCUCUGCUGAAGGCAGGGCCAAGGCCUUCUCCACCUGCACUUCCCACCUCACUGUGGUCACCGUCUUUUUUGGGACAGCCAUCUUUAUGUAUUUGUGUCCUCAGUCUCAGUCAUCCCCAGAUCAGGACAAAUAUAUUUCCCUGUUUUAUGGUGCGGUAACCCCCAUGCUUAACCCACUGGUCUAUAGCCUGAGGAACAAAGAUGUAAAGGGGGCCAUGAAGAAACUGGCUGAAAGAAAAAUGAAUUCUUGA